GCAAAGCGUGGUCACACAAAAGCGCGUGGUAGUAGAUAUGGCGAUUCCAAUUCCCAAUCAAAUCGGGAAGACGAAGAAGUUCCUCUGAUUUUGGCAUACGAAUCGUGAUUCUCGGCUCCUUUCAUCUUUCCCCCUCUCUCCGACGCUUCUCGUCGGAAGCUAGGGAUUCACUUUAUUCUCCAGAUCGAUUUCGCGGACGGCGUUGAUUCGAUUUGCGUGCGAUAAUGAAGCACAAGAGCCAGCAGCAGAAGAGGAAGAAGAAGAGGUCUUCCGCCGCACCUUCCGGCGGUGGAGCGGCGGCGUCGGACGUGGAGGAAGAGAGGAAGAGAGAAUCAGAAAAAGUCGAAAAGCAAAGUAUCGAAUCGUUGAUGGAAGCCUUCUGCUCCGUUUCGGUGGAGGAAGCGACGGCUGCUUAUAGAGAAGCGGGCGGAGAUCUGAACCGAGCGGCGGACGUUUUGUCGAGUCUGGUGGAUGAGGAUCCGUCCACGAUCUCGGUCGCGAGCGGGUCCUCGGGUCAGGAGACCGGGUCGACGUCUGAGUACGGGGCUGGGUCAAGCUCGAGCUGUGGGGAGGAUUUGACGAGAGAGAGGUGGUUUAAGGGAGGGAAGCAGAAUAGAGUUGUUGCUGCUACGGGGAUGGUGUCUUCUGUGAUUGCAAAGGAUUACUUGAAGCCUAACCCUGUGAAGAAGAAAGAGUUUCCUUUGGCUGAAAGGUCGUCUUAUGAGGUUUGUGGGAAUGGGAAGAAAGCUGGGGAUAGAGAGAAAGCUGAACAGUUUCUGAGUUCAAUGCUUGGUGAUGAUUGUGAGCUUAGCAUGGCUGUUGUUAGAGAUGUCCUCUGUCAAUGUGGCUACGAUGUUGACAUGGCCUUGAAUGUCUUGCUUGACAUGUCUUCUUCAUCAACUGAUGAUUCUCUAAGUGGUAGAUGUUCCGGCAUAGGACUCAGCGAUAGUCAGCCGGCCGAGUCAUCAUUUGAUAUUGAUACUUCCGAAAGUGAACCAAGUUUCUGGGGAGGCUAUAGUCCAAGGGAUUAUUCGAAAGCUCUCAUGAGUUCUGCAGAUCCUUUUGCAACUAGCCAAGGAAGUUCUGCAGAUCCUUUUGCAACUAGCUACGGAAGUUCUGAUUCUGAGCCUUGUGAUCCUCAAAAGGUGCUAGAGUCUCUGUUCAACAUUCCCCGGAGUCCUAAACACGAACCAAAGGCGAUGAAUUGGAGAAAUGUUGCAAAGAAAAUGCAAUCACUUGGUUGCAUUGAUGGUUCUUCUUCUAGUGGAGAAGGGUAUCAGCCUACUACGUUAGUGAAGGAUGAUGGAUAUCAUGAACUUAGAAAAGGUGCAAAUGACCAGUGGAAUGUGACGAAGUCCUACUAUCAAAAAGCUGCAGAAGCAUAUUCGAAAGGAGGGAGGGCCCAUGCGGCUUACCUUUCUGAGAAGGGGAGAACAGCAUCUAAACUAGCUCAACGGGCAGAUGAGAGGGCAAGCAAAGAUAUAUUCGUUGCCAGAAACAAGGGCAUAGAGAAUGUGAUAACCAUUGAUCUGCAUGGUCAGCACGUUAAACAAGCAAUGAAGCUAUUGAAGAUGCAUCUCUUACUCGGAUCAUAUGUCCCUUCCAUCCAGACACUACGAGUGAUCACAGGAUGUGGGUCUCAUGGGUUUGGGAAGUCAAAAGUGAAACAAUCGGUGACAAACCUGCUAGAAAGGGAAGGAGUUAGGUAUUGUGAAGAGAACAAAGGGACAUUGCUGAUCAAGCUUGAGGGAUGUAGUAGAGAGUUCAGUUUCUUAGACACAGAAAGUGACUCUGAGUAAGUUAAAACUAAAAUUAAACUCAAUGUUUUAGCUUUAGAUCACAAAACUAUGUCUCUCUGUCUAUAUCCCAUGCUAGCUCUGUGUGUUAAGUAAAUGUUGACCAAAACCUCGCUUGAUCCUUCUAUUUUCAAGUUAUUCAAGAUUUAUGACAC